AAUCAUUAAAACUUAUUUGACAUAUAAUAUACAAUCGACUAAGAGCGACCGCUUAAUUCAGAGAGUCGCAGUUGUCUGCCCUUGUUGCCAAGAUGUAUAUAGUAUUGUCACGAUUAUUGCUGCCACUUCUGAUAUUUGGCUGGAGCAGAGCAUUGCGCAAUUGUAAGAGUGACGAAUUGUGUGUUACCAGGGAGUUGUGCGAAAAAAGCGACGAUACGGGUAGGGGCCAUCUAGUCCCGCGUCUUCUAGACAGCAGUUGCAGCCCAGGAUUUGUCUGCUGCGAUAAGGAGCAACUACGUAUUUACAACUCCAGUCAAGAGUAUAACAUGAGAAAUGGCGAGUUUAAAACAGCAGUGCCAGACCAUCCACAUCAAAGCUGUGGCAGCCCGGGUGGGGAAAACGAGUGCGUACCACGUCAUUUGUGCAAUGGCACCAUCAAUGAUAAUGGUCGCUACCUGAUUUCGGCGCGUAUUGAUCAAAAGAACAACUUCGGCUGCAAGUCACUGGAAUAUUGUUGCCCCAUAAACGAUCAGCUCAAUGAGAAAGACAGCGAACCGAUGCGUAAUUUGCGAGACUUCAAAUACAAGGGCUGUGGCUACAGCAACCGCAAUGGGCUGUAUUUCGACAUUGUGGGCUACAACGAUAAUGAGGCGUUAUUUGGAGAAUUUCCCUGGAUGAUUGCACUGGUGGACAUGCACGGCGCUUACGUAUGUGGCGGCACACUCAUACAUCCCUCGCUUGUGCUGACCAGUGCUCAUAAUGUGGUGCCACACAGCGCUAAAAGUUUGGUGGCGCGUGCUGGUGAGUGGGAUCUGAAAAGCGUGGAGGAGCCGCAUCCAUAUCAAACCCGCCAAAUACGGCGCAUAGAGCGCCACGACCAGUUCAAUACCCUAACCCUCUACAAUGACAUAGCACUGCUGGUACUGGAGCAGCCUUUUCUGCUAGAGCCACAUAUUCAGCCGCUCUGUCUGCCGCCUGUGGAGACCCCCAAGUUGCUGGAACAGUUGCGUAGCGCUCAGUGUUUUGCCACUGGCUGGGGUCAUCUCAACAUCACCUCCGAUCCCAUGGAGCAUAUACUGAAGCGCAUCGAUUUGCCGGUACUAGACCACCAGCAAUGCCAACAGAUGCUGCGCCAAACCAUCUUGGGACAUCGUUUUAUACUGCGACCCAGUUUCUUGUGCGCUGGCGGCGAAAAGGGCAAGGACACGUGCAAGGGCGAUGGUGGCUCCCCUUUGUUCUGCACUAUGCCAAACGAACUCGAUCGAUAUGUGCUCGCAGGCAUUGUAUCCUGGGGUAUUGAAUGCGCAGUGGAGAAGAUUCCGGCAACUUACACGAACGUACCACAUCUGCGCACUUGGAUUGACGAAAAGGCAUUACAAAAUGGAUUUCAAUUAAGUUAAUUAUUAACUUAUGAAUUAUAGAUAUAACUUAAUAAAGCGCGCAGCUCAACCCAAA